AUGGCUUCGCAUAGUAAUGACCGGAUUCUAUGGCUUUGCCUUGGUGUCACCCUCUUCUUUGCUGCGCGAGGUAUCGCUGCUGAGCUCUAUCGGGUAAAGGAUCUUACUGAGAUCAGGAAGCUUGAGAAGGAGGAGCCAGUGAUCGGCCAAGCAACCGAGGAUGCCUUGAGACUAGAGACGCUCCAGAGACUCUCGGGGAGCUCUAGUUUUGACCUCCGCGCCGCGGCACUGAGAAUCGUGUCGGAGAGAUCAACCAAGGGUUCAACGAAGGAAUUACUCCUUGAUGACCUUGCCAGUGAAGACCCGGAGCGGCGACGCAAAGCUUUGAAUGCACUGAGCUUUCUUAUAUCGAGUACAGCGUUGGGCCGCUCAACUGUAUCUACAAGAUUAAGAGAUGGACCCACGUUUAGCGCCCUCGUCGAUUGUCUAUGCAACUUCCUCAGUGAACACACCGAAAAAACUAGUGACAUAGUUUCACCCAUCUACCCGCAGACCAGACCCCCCGGUGAGAACAAGGCUUUGAAAACGCUCAGCUCAAUGUUACCAGGGAACAUACUACUCGCAUUGGAAGCAGGAAUUGUCAGCCGAUGGUUGACAAACUACCCCUUCCCAUGCGCAGUACGGGAUAAAUCUAAGAAGCGGAGUAUUGUCUUCAUGAUGAAGACGUGGUGGGCUGAUGACCCGGCCAUGGGAUCUAUAAUAAACACCAUAUCGUCUGAUCAAGAGGGACUAAACCAUCUUAGGAAAUAUGGGUUGAUGGGAAGCAGAAUGGAAGAGCAUACUGCGGAUAUAUUUGGCAACGAGACGCACGAGUUUAGAACUAAUGAAUGGUAUUACAGAGGAGGUCCCUGGCAAGUUUAUGACUCAAACUCAGACUCUGGCUCGGAUAUGGACAGCGAUGUCUGGAUGGUCGACGGGGAGGAAACCGCAGGGGUUUCGCCCUGGCUCGGUAACCGCCCACAAGAAAACACUGCAGAAGAGCAGGCACUUCGAAGGCGCCGCAGAGAAGCCAUGGUCUUUAGUGAGAGCAGUCGCCCACUGGUAGCAGAUAACAUAUUCCACCCAGUGAACCAGUCUAGCUCGUCAGGCGAGGACUGGGAGGUAGGGGAGAGGAGACCCUCUUGGGCAAAUCAGGAACCCGAUGAGGCCGCAGAGCAAGCCGAACCAGAAUCUGAAACAUCCCGAAGUCCAUGGUUAUUAUGGCCCUUCUAA